GCCAAGUUUAGUUCACCCUGCAGCCGCUGUGCAUUUUCUGGGGCUGACCGUGUUGACGAUGGACAAGAGAGGAAACUUGUUGUUUAGCCUGACUCAGUUUUCGUUUUAGGCUUUUAUAUUUUAACUAUUGUACCAUGUAUAGAUAGCCAUGAAUAUGUCUCGUAGACCAGUCAAUUUCCACACCUUGAAGACCCGUGUGACAGCGAAAGAUGCAAAUUAUUUUAGAACUUUACCCAAUCCAGAAGUUGUACUCGACUUUCUUCAGUGCGCAAAUUCCAAAGACACGCUUCUUCACAUCAUGUGCAGACACGGCUGUGACGAGGUCCUUCAUUAUUUUGUCAAAGAACUUGGGGCAGACAUGGAAGUUUGCAACAAGGAUGGGAAAAGACCUAUUCAUGAAGCAGCACAGUUUUCACAAGAGAAAUGUCUUCAGAUUUUACUUGAGAAUGGUGCUCAAAUUGAUCCUCUGAAGAGAGCAGAUUGGACUCCACUGAUGUUGGCGUGCACAAAACAGAGCUUCACUGUUGUCAGUUGUUUGCUGAAAGCUGGAGCUGACCCAUUGUUGAGAAACAAAGAUGGAUGGAACUCUUUCCACAUUGCCUGCAGAGAAGGCCACCUUGAUAUCAUUCAAAGUCUGAAUGCUCACUCUCCUUUGGUCAGUUGCACAAAAAGUAAUAACCUGCGAACACCUCUACAUUCAUCAGCUCUUCACGGUCACCCGGAGGUUGUUCGGUGGCUGUUAGACUCAUGUGAUUGUGAUCCAAGUGUACAAGACUCUUGUGGUGUGACUCCUCUUAUGGAUGCUCUUAGGGCGGGAUAUGUGGAUACAGCUAAAGUGUUGAUGGAUGCCUUUGAAUUGAAGGUAUCAUCAUUACUGGCAACAGAAGACAAGAUGGGCCGUCAAGCAAUCCAUCAUGCCGCUCAGAGUGGUCAGCUAGCAGCCCUCUACUUCCUGAUCAAUGAGUGCAAAAUAUCUCCCUGUGUACAGUCAAAGUUUUCAGGAGAGACCCCUUUGCAUACAGCUGCACAGGAGGGCCAAACAGAGGUACUCACAAGUUUGCUGUCAUUUGGAGCAGAUGUGAAUGCUCAGGAUAGAAGAGGAAGAUCAGCACUACACAAAGCAAGUGGGGGUCAGCAUUUGGAAUGUGCCAAGACACUUCUCCUUCAUGGGGCUCUGCCUCUGACAGACAUGGGAGGCCUCACACCUCAACAGUUGGCACGGAAGUCAGAAGUGGUGCAGAUUUUUAAAGAGCAUGCACUUUUGGAAUGAGAAUGGGAAAAGGUGUAGAAUCUUCUCACCGAUAUAUUGGUUUAGUGUUUUGAUUAUGUGUGUAUGUGUGUGUGUGUAUGAGUAAGUGUGUAUGGUAUGUGUAUGUGUCUAUGUGAGUGUGUGUGCUCAUGUGUGUGUGUCUUUGUGUGUGCAAGUGUGUGUCAACAUUUUGAUAGGCUCUGGGAUUCCUGUAAGUGCUUGUAGAAAAAGGUGAAGAAAAGCAAAGAUUGUUUGAUUAAUCUUUGUGAAAUAUUCUUUUUCCUUUCUUUUCUUGUUUUAUCUCCUGUGUAUGUGUUAAUAUAAUGUGAGCAUGUGUCGACAUAAGUUGUGGCUCUGAGAAAACCCAGCAGAAGCUGCAGAUGGUCAUUUUCAGACAUCACUAGAGCCAGAUAGAGUCGACUCCGAUUGUGUUGAACUUGCAUGUGUUGAUUUUCGAUUAAGUUGAUCUUUUUCUCCAGUCCCAACACCUGUGCCUCUUUACUGAUCCCGGCAGUUAAGUCGAACUUUGGGUUUUUUUUCACUCCCCUGACGACAUCAACUCAUCCGUAGUCGACUGUUUAGAACAAGAACUUCAUUACUACAGUGGGUGUCGCAGUGCAACAAGGGUUGGAGUGUUUCUUCGGGCCCAAAAUUUCACAAAUAGUGAUAUCAUCUCAGUCCUGAAAGGGAGUUCCCCUUAGCUGACAGGCUAACUGGUGAUCAGUAGCUUUCUCACUCAACUAAUAAACGGCUAGGAAUAUGUUUACUCUUCCAUGUGGUUGGCUGUGCUUAUUAUUGUUUAAAAUCAACAUUAUGUGUGUGAGCUUUGCGGUGUUUAAACAUACCUUUGUGUGUGGUCAAGCAUAUAGUGGAGUCAGCUUUAGAAAAUAUGGUCCAGAUUUUUGUUUUUCUCCUUUUGAAGUAAUCUUUCUAAACCAAAAACCAAACUAAACCAAAGAGAAUCUGGUGGCCCCACGUAUUUUGAUUUGACUUCACUCCACUGUACAUUGGGUGUGUGAAAUGUUUAAUGAAAAAAAUACACUGUGAGUACUGAA